ACUUUAGUAUUUCGCAAGACGGCUACGUGAGUUGAACGAUCGUUAAAAAGAAAAAUAUUAAAGAAAAAAAAAAGAAUAAUAAAAAAAUACAUAAAGGAAAUAAUAAACGAUAGUUAAGUGAACAAAAAAAGAAAAUAACAAAACGUUCGAUAUACAAGAACAAAUAAUACAUAUUUAACGAGGGCAAAUUUUAGUUAAUAAUUGAAGUGUUUUUAUAAAUAAAAUAUAAAAAUGAAAUGGUUCAAGUCCAGCAAGAAAGAAGAGGAGGAGGAAGAGAAUAAUGCACGAGCUUUAGUGAGACAAGAUCCCAGGACUAAUGUUAAGACCACCACAGCACAAUCGGAAACCACCAAUACUACCACACAAAAUUCCACCAUAUUUAAUAAUAACAAAAAUACCGUUACUUAUCAAUCCACCAAACAAACUGUAACAUCACGUCAAACGGCUCGCAUAACGGAAAUUACAAGUAGACGAACCCCCACCCCUGAGGAAAUUGAGGAAAUGAUGCGUUUGCUGCAUUUAAAUAAAAAACCCGAAACUAAAACGUUUACCACAACAACAACCACAUCGAGUGUUCCGGUUAGACGUAAUCGUCCGGGUAACUUGCCCGCUUUACCCUCUUCUCAGCGUAACUCACAAAAUGGCAUAUCACCCAAAAGUGCUACAAAAUUUAAAAAUACUGUUUCGCCAGUAUCACGUCUUAUCUUUAACUAUGAGUCAUCUUCACAAGGGGCCGGUGGUAGUGCCGGUGAUGCCUCUUCGAAAACCCCUAAAACACCAACAAUAGUUAAAACUUCGUCAACAACAGUGACAGAGAAAAAUGGUCGUACCAUAACACAGCGUGUCGAAGAGCAUCGCAUUAAGUUUGAUGUUAAAAAUUUCAAAUUAUCGACGCCAAAUUCACCGUUAACAAAGAAUUUUUCUAGUGCCGAAGAUAGUUAUAAAUUUGAUGCCCGACCCAUGUUGCCAGCCUUGCCAGCAACCUCUCGUUUGAGUAGCAGUAGUAUUGGUAGCAAUAACAGCAGCACUAGCUCUAUUUUUAAUAAAACCACGAUCUCAAAACCUACCUCAACAUAUGCCACAACCUAUACCUCGCCCUAUAAACAAAGGGAAUUGAAUCGUGUGCCUAAUACUACCACGACAUUUUCUUCCAGCACCAAACCUUCCUUAACUACCAAAACUGCUACAACAACAUCUGCCAAACCUAAUACUAGUUCCAGUUCCCUAUUCACCAACACCACCACUAAACCCAACUCAAUAUUUAGUUUAAGCACGCCGAAAACCACAGCCACCACUUACACCUCCAGCAUAAGUAAACCCACACCACUUUUCACUUCCUCGAGUACUACUCGAACCCCUACCACCACAGCAAGUUUAAAGAACUUAACACCCACUUUGGUGGUCAGUGGUAAGACGAUUACGACACCUUUAAGUAAACCUGGUUAUGCCUAUAUCUUCAAUAAUGUUAUCUUCGAUAAUCCCAAUAAUGAGGAACGUGUGGGCAGUGCUGAAGAUGUUAAGGCUUUGGUGCAAACUUUUGAAUAUUUCAAAAUGAAAACUACGGUUAUAGAAAAUGCCAAAGUGGAUAAAAUACGCAAGACAGUGGAAAAAAUUCAAACGAAAGACUUUAAAGAAAAUGCUUGCCUUGUCAUUGUCAUACUAAGUCAUGGUACUAGACAUGAAGAAAUUGCCGCCAAAGAUGGCCACUAUUCCAUAGACGAUCAUAUACUAUUUCCCAUUUUACGAAAUCCAACAUUAAACGACAAGCCAAAGUUAUUUUUCAUACAAGCCUGUAAAGGUUCGAUGGAGACAAAUGGUUAUUAUACCGAUGCUGUACCCUUUAGCAGUCCACAUGGUAGUGCUAAUGAAAUUUUAAAAUGUUACAGUACAUUUGAGGGUUUUGUUUCCUAUCGCACCGAAAAAGGUUCCAUGUUUAUACAGGCCCUGUGUCAGAAUCUUAAAUUAUUUGGUAGCACUAAAAAUAUCAAAGAUAUAAUGGAAUUGGUGACGCAAAUUGUUAAACAACAAUCACAGUAAGUAGUUGUGUUAAGAA